CUGGACCACGUAAUAGUGAUCAAAUAUGAGGUUACUCACUUUGUUAGGUUUGUUAAUAUUCUGUAUUGUGGUUUUUACUGAUGCACGAAGAAUAAAAUCUUUAAAAAAUGAAGAAGAAAGUGUAAAAGAUCAAGUGGACGCGGCAAGCGAACAUAAAAAAGAAGAAAAACCGCAAAGUCAUGAAUACAAAAGAGGAGGUGGAAAAGACGACCACGCAGAACAUCACGAUGAUCAUAGCGAAAAAGGUCACAAAGGGUACAAAGGUCACCAUCACCACGAAGAAGGUAAAAAGGGUCACCAUGAUAAAGAACACCACAAAGGAGAGUACGAUGAUCAUGGAGCUACUGAAAAAGAACACCACCAUAAGGAUGGCCACUACGACGAGCAUCAUAAAGGGGAAAAGGGCGAGAAAGGCCACAAAUAUGAAGAAAAAGGACAUUAUAAUAAAGGUCAUUCUACUAAAGGUCACCAUGAAAUUCAUAAACUCGAUGAAUUUAAGAAGGACAAACACUUCUUUGAUGAAGAAGGGGAUUCAAGCCACGAGGAAAAACACGGUGGAUUUCAUGAGGAACAUGGACAUAAAAAAGGUGGACAUUACCAUAAAGGGCAUCAUCAUGGUGAUCACCAUGAACAUGAGCACGGUGAAAAGGGACAUCACGAAAAAGGGGGUCAUCACCACGUGCACAAAGCCCACAAGGAAUCGGCUGGUCAUGAUGAGCAUCAUCACCAUCACGACGACCAUGCUAAGAAAGGUGCUCACGAUCAUCAUAAAAAAUGGGGGUACAAGAAAGAGCAUUGAGACACUAAACGAUAAAGCAAAGUUAAACGAAUUAAAUUAUGGAUUUUCAUGGCUCAUGACUAUGA